AUGCAAGGCCCUCUGGGUGAGACCAAUGAACGCCCGUGGCUCCACAAUCCACGCAACACUGCAAUCGUCAGGCACCGGACCCGCCAGCUCAUUGAGGCUGGUGGAGACACCUACAUGCCAUCAAGUGAGGCCACCAAAUACUUUGGCGUGACGGCAGCCUGCCUGCGCAAGUUGGCUGAUCGGGGCAACCUGCGCAUGCGCCGCAUUGGCGACAAGGGCAAGCGGCUCUACCACUGCGGCGACCUCCUCUCUCAAUUCCCCGCAGUCACGCGCUCUGAGGAUGGACGCACCAUCCAGACCACGAUGAGGCCACCCCGCAAGCGCAUCGCCUACGCCAGGGUCUUGAGUGAGAAGCAGCGGCCCGACCUUGAGCGCCAAAUCGCUGAGCUCCGACGCCUCUGCCCCGACCACGAGAUCGUCUCCGAAGUGGCUAGUGGCCUCAACUUCCGGCGCAAGGGUCUCUGCGCCAUUCUGGACUGA